AUGUGGAGAUGCAUUGAUUGCAUGGAACUCAACGAGCAAGUGGGGGAUUCGGCGAAGGAAGCUCGUAACAUGGCGGAUAGCGAGGAAGGCUUCGGGCUGCCCAGCACGCCGGCGGAUUCGGAGGCCAAGGAGCUCCAGGCCGAGGGCAAGCAGGACACGCAGCUGGGGGCCACCAGCAAGUCGCCCACCUCACCCCAAGCAGCCUUCACGCAGCAGGGCAUGGAGGGCAUCAAGGUGUUUUUGCACGAACGCGAGCUGUGGCUGAAGUUCCACGAAGUGGGCACGGAGAUGAUCAUAACAAAGGCCGGGAGGCGAAUGUUCCCCAGUUACAAAGUGAAGGUCACUGGACUCAAUCCAAAAACGAAGUACAUCCUGUUGAUGGAUAUUGUACCCGCGGAUGACCACAGAUACAAAUUCGCGGAUAAUAAAUGGUCGGUGACAGGCAAGGCGGAGCCGGCCAUGCCCGGCAGGCUGUACGUGCACCCCGACUCCCCGGCUACCGGCGCGCACUGGAUGAGGCAGCUGGUUUCCUUCCAGAAGCUCAAACUCACCAACAACCACCUGGAUCCCUUCGGACAUAUCAUCCUGAACUCCAUGCACAAAUACCAGCCCCGGCUUCACAUCGUGAAAGCGGACGAGAACAACGGCUUCGGCUCCAAGAACACCGCCUUCUGCACCCACGUCUUCCCGGAGACCGCCUUCAUCGCCGUCACCUCCUACCAAAACCACAAGAUCACCCAGCUGAAGAUCGAGAACAACCCCUUUGCCAAAGGCUUCCGUGGCAGCGACGACAUGGAGCUCCACAGGAUGUCCAGGAUGCAGAGUAAAGAGUACCCAGUUGUUCCCAGGAGCACAGUGAGACAAAAAGUGUCCUCGAAUCACAGCCCCUUCAGCGGCGAGACCAGGGUCCUUUCUGCCUCCUCCAACCUGGGCUCCCAGUACCAGUGUGAGAACGGGGUGUCCAGCACCUCCCAGGACCUGCUGCCUCCUGCCAACCCCUACCCCAUCUCCCAGGAGCACGGCCAGAUCUACCACUGCACCAAGAGAAAAGAUGAGGAAUGUUCCACCACCGAGCAUCCCUACAAGAAGCCCUACAUGGAAACCUCUCCAGCAGACGAGGACCCUUUCUACAGGUCCAGUUACCCGCAGCAGCAGGGACUGAACACGUCGUACAGGACUGAGUCGGCGCAGCGCCAGGCCUGCAUGUACGCCAGCUCGGCGCCGCCCACGGAGCCCGUGCCCAGCCUGGAGGACAUCAGCUGUAACACGUGGCCCAGCGUGCCCUCGUACAGCAGUUGCACAGUGUCUGCCAUGCAGCCCAUGGACAGGUUACCCUACCAGCAUUUCUCUGCCCACUUCACCUCGGGGCCGCUCAUGCCCCGCCUGGGCAGCGUGGCCAACCACACGUCGCCCCAAAUCGCAGACACCCACAGCAUGUUCCAGCACCAAAGCUCUCACCAGCCCAUCGUGAGGCAGUGUGGACCUCAAACGGGCAUCCAGUCCCCUCCCAGCAGCCUGCAGCCGGCGGAAUUCCUGUAUUCCCACGGCGUGCCUCGAACCCUGUCGCCCCACCAGUACCACUCGGUGCACGGCGUGGGGAUGGUGCCAGAGUGGAGCGAGAACAGCUAA